CUUCACGAGCUGCCGACGCCCGCCACGGGCCCUCAGUUCGACACCUCCGUGCCGGACAACCUGACGUCGCUCGUGGGCAAGGAGGCGGAGCUCAACUGCCGCGUCAAGAACCUCGGCAACAGGACGGUGUCUUGGGUGAGGCACCGCGACAUCCACUUGCUGACGGUCGGCCGCUACACGUACACCAGCGACCAGCGCUUCGAGGCCGUGCACUCGCCGCAUUCAGAGGACUGGAUGUUGCGCAUCCGGUACCCGCAGAAGAAGGACUCCGGCGUCUACGAGUGCCAGAUCAGCACCACGCCGCCCAUUGGCCACCAGGUCUACCUCAACAUCGUGGAGCCACGCUCCGAGAUCUUGGGCGGACCCGACAUCUUCAUCGACGCGGGGAGCACCAUCAACCUGACGUGCCUCGUCACGUACCCCCCAGACCCGCCUCCCGACAUGGUCUGGACGCACAACGGCAAGGUGAUCAGCUUCGAUUCUCCUCGGGGCGGCGUGAGCCUUGUGACGGAGAAGGGCGCCGCCACCACCAGCCGGCUGCUGAUCCAGAAGGCGGUGCCCACAGAUACCGGCCUCUACACGUGCACACCCUCCAACGUCGCGCCUGACAGCGCUCGCGUGCACGUGCUCAGUGAUCAGACGCCGGCCGCCAUGCAACACAGCGACGCGUCACCCGAGCCACGUGGGCUGCACGUGCACGUGGUGCUACUGUUGUUGCUGUGGGCGGCCAGCGCUGUCUGCUAGCACCGACGGGACUACGGCGGAGACGGACUUGCUGACCACGCCUUCACUUUCAUCGACGCGGCCGAGGGCACUGCAGCGGGUUUCUACGAUGCGUCCGAUGUCCAGGUCACCGGAGGCAGAGCGGAGAAUCUUCUGCCACUAACUUCCGCAACAGUGUCCACGGUCCUAACAUUGGCGGUGAUAUUUCGUCACUGUUGGUUGCUGUAUCCAUCACUGGCUCCAGAAAAGAGGACCUGAAGAAUGUGAUAUUCGAGAGGCGGAAUAAUCGUCUGGUUUACACGUCGUUGCGAUAAAGUGAAAAUACGUACAGCGAACAUAAACGUAGUCAGAAAACCUGCAUCAAAUUUGAGGAUCGUUGUGGGCUGGGUAAGGCGUAGUGAAUAGCGAUUACCCUUCAAUGUUUGAUCAGGGAGGACUCUCGCAUACAAAUGGUCGACAUUGUCAGUUCGUCGACAGGAAGAUGUCUUUUCUAGUGCGGAUAUUUGCAGAUGUCGUAAAUAGUGGACGUACUGAAGGGAAACAUGGUUCUCAGUUUCAGUGGCCCACAGGCCACACAGUGCUGACUUGGAAGAUCAAGCCAAGUAAACGUGUGAAAGGUAACACCGUUAAACUUCUAUUUCUCUAAAUUAGAGGGAGGAAUAAUUGUUUCGGCGACUGCGAAGGACGUAAAUGUCACCAAACCUUUGGUCAUACACUUGCUCGAAAAAAUCUGAGGACGUGUUAAAGUUUUAAAUUGAUGCACAGGAAAGGGAGCUAUGGUUUUAGUUUCGUUGACCAACCAACCAGCGCAUAUUCACUUCAGUUGUGGUACACAUUUAUUACACAGUUGCCCACAUUCAGUAAAAAACAUGAAAUGUAGACGAAUAUCUUAAAGAAUCAGAUUUCAGUCAAAGUAAGAUAAAAGAAAGGUGCCCAAACUGUCAACUUUCGAUCCCGUGUCUCCGUUUACUAAUUUCAGAGCUAUUUUCCUGUUUCUUUCCACUUUUGACAUUCUUUAUUUGUUCUGUAGAAACGGUAUCGCAUUCAAAAAUGUGCAGUGCCGAAAUAUCUGAAAGAAACGAUUUACCAUUAUCUUCACAUCAGUGAAAUGGUGACACUUGGUAUCAUGUUGAGUAAUUCGCAAGAAUAAUACGUCAUGGCUGCGUUGAUUUUUCAUAUGUCUUCAAAAUUUGUGUUUAUUGAGGGAAUUAGGAAUUGUAAUAGCGCAUCGAUGGUAAUUCCACGAAAGGAUCUAAGCGGAGAAAUUUUGAAGGUUGUGCGAGACGCAAAGAAACUUUGGGACCAUGUACCAAAUACAAAUAGUAUCAAUCCUGAUUAGAUUCAAUCAGCAAAGACUCAGAUCACCUUGUCAUAAGCAACGCAUGCCACGAGGAAACUGAAUAUCAAACAAGACGUUUCCAAGCAGGAUAAGGAUUAAUGCUUGUUGCAAAAAGUGAAUGAAAAUAACGGAAACAUGUUUAUUGCUAGUUCAGACAUUCAUGUGUCUACUUAGCGCAAAUAUCCGACAUUUUUGCUGUUAGAAUGGACAGUUAUACGGCGCAGCACAUAGGCAAAAGACACAGAUUGAUUUCUGUAGGUAUUUAACCCUUACGGUUCAAUUAGUCCCGAAGUAACAGAAAAAUGGACAGAUAUUUUGAGAUUGCCAGUUACAGAAUCAGGAACAAUGUUACGUCCUGUGCGGAUCAUCUUGCUUAGGAAUUUAGAGGAAAACCUGUCAUUACCUUUAUUUCGGUUUUUCUUUUUUCACGUUAAUAUUACACAAAAAAAAUUUAAGUUUUGCCAACUUUACAUGAAUAUUCUCAUAUCCGCUGUUUGACCACGUCCUCAUGUAUAUAACAGUUCACUGGAUAUACCGAUGUUUGUUCUUAGUUAUGGACAUAGCUUUAGUUGCCAAGCAGCAUCGGCAGUUGAUAGAGCCACUCCGUAUUAGAAGAGAAAUCUUAGCGAAUAGAUUUCUUUAAUACUGGAGUUUCAAGACACAAAAAAAUAUCGAAGCUCAUCAAGAAAGAGUUAAACAUGUCCCGAUCUGUUCCUCUGGAUUCAACUUUCCCUGCAGAAUGGUGUUUCCAUUGUGACAAGUGACUGUGUGAGUGGUGCAGCGAAAGUGAAAACCUGUGCCUCUCAUCAAAACUUAAUUCGAAUGUUAAUGUGUAUUAUUCAAACAACGUCCGUUGGACUUUGUCUUUUUAAAAGAUAUAUGACUAUAUUUAUGAACUAAAAUCGUAUGAAAUAUAUUGAAAUUUAAAUAUUUCUUUUUUUCAUAACAUUACGUUACUUCUUACAUGUGUAUGUAUUCAACGAGAGAUAUUCCUGUGGAUAGUUCUCUGAGGCCGUGCCUAGUGUGGGAGACUGGACACGCCAUUGUAUCCACCCUGGUUCGUGGUUUCGUCUAGUACAACGUUUCAGCCAUCGAAGGAAAGGAGUACAUCUCUUUUAGUGACUUUGUGGACUGUAGUGAACGUGAGACAUUAAAUUAUUUUUGUAUCAAUUAUGGAG